GAAAUUAAAGGCGCACUGCGCAUGUGUACAAAUAAGACGGAAGCUGUAUCUGCGUGCAGCGGAAAUGCUAACGUCCUUUCUGCUCCCUGACUGCCAUCAUGGUGUUCAAGCGCUUUGUUGAGAUAGGCCGCGUCGCCUACGUCUCCUUUGGACCCCAUGCUGGCAAGCUGGUGGCCAUUGUUGAUGUAAUUGACCAAAACAGGGCACUUGUUGAUGGCCCAUGCACUGGCGUGAAGAGGCAAUCCAUGCCCUUCAAGUGCAUGCAGCUCACAGACUAUGUCAUCAAAGUACCCCACAGCGCUCGCCAGAAAUUUGUGAGGAGAGCCUGGGAGAAGGCCGAAGUCAACGAGAAGUGGGCACAAAGCAACUGGGCCAAGAAGAUCGAGGCAAGACAGAAGAGGGCCAAAAUGUCUGACUUUGACCGCUACAAGGUGAUGAAGGCCAAGAGGAUGAGGAACAAGAUCAUCAAGCAUGAGGUGAAGAAGCUGCAGAAGGAGGCAGCAAAGAAGUGAAAAGUUUGACAAAAUAAAUCUCCUAUUCGAUUGUU